AUGGCAGCUCGCGAGUCCCAGGCGGUGGAAGGGACGCGAUGCCCAGCAACGGGGGAUCGUAAACAGUCGUACAAACGAGGACGGCCGGGUACCCGACGAUUGACCAAGUCGGCCAUGCUGCUCUCGAUACUCGCCACGGUGCCUACGGCUCUCGCUCAGGAGAAGUGCAUUUCGCUUUCGGGCUCCAAGGCCUGCCCGGCCUUUAAUCUUUCAUCGGUAUCAGUCACUGGCGGUGUGGCAGACUUAUUCCCAUUCUUAAAGACAGUUACAGACACCGCUUCUUUCGAUCAGAAAUUACUUUCGCAUGUGAAAACAUCUUAUGUACAGCAGAAAUAUAAAACUCUCCUGGGAUGCUCUAAUAUCGACCUUACCAAUACAACUGAGCUUUACGCACGCUUUACCACUUCAGUACUGUGUAAUGCGAUAAUACAGAACUCCAAAGACAACUGCAAACUCACCGCAGACCGGUUGGAGCCACUGUGUGCUGAUGCAUGCAGUCAACAAGCCUUAAGUGAAGGAAGGAUCAUUAACGAUGCUAACCUGUGUACAACCUCUGGGUUUGAUCCUAACCAGCAGGUGGCACAGGUCCGUGCAGAUUUUAUCACCUGUUCGUUGCCGGCAAAUUCACUGAACAGUGGAAAAUGCAUUAAUGGCAUGGACAACGAGCCAGAUAACUGUGGUUUCGGAACAAGCACAGUUGGAUUGUGCGGGUACUGUGGGGCCGGUGGCCAGAAUUCGACAGACACCUGCUGCUACAACUCUCGGGCGGAAUCCGUGUGUGUUGGCGUUGUCCUGCCCAACAUCACGAAGUCAAUUACUCUGCCAUCUUCAUCUGCGGGAUCAUCGUCGACAGCUUUCACAACACCAACAACACCCCCACCAGCAGCCAAUGCCUCUGGUGGUUCCAAAAAACUCUCAGGAGGUGCCAUUGCGGGUAUCGUCAUCGGUGUAAUCGCUGGUCUCGCUGUCAUUAUCGGCCUUGUCCUGUUUUGUCUGAGACGCAAACGAGGUGGAAGCCAGAAUGGUAGCGUCUUCAACCAGCCCAGCCCGCCUCGCAAGGGUGCCAGUAUGGUCCAGGCUCCAGGAUCUGGCCGCUCUGGCCCUCAACCACCUGCAGGCUUUGAAGUGCUUCCAGGUGGUCGCAUUGCUCGCAUGUCAGCCUUGGAAGGUGGUCACUCGGAAUCUCCUACUAGGGGCAGUUCUAUCGUUGGUGGUAGUGCUGCUGGUGCGGCCGCAGGGUAUGCUCGUGGCAGAAGACACGGUGGAUCCUCAUCCAGUGAGUAUGGCGGGAGCCCACAUUCCGACCAACGCAGAGUAGUUCUUUGCCCCCCACCUGCUGGACGCCGAAACGGGUCGCUCUCGAGCGGCUCAGCCCUUGGAGAAGACCCUACGUCUCCUAUGUACGGCAGUGGAAAUGAGCUGUCCUCGCCCCAUGGCAUUGCAAGCCAGCAGUCAGAGCAGCUGGCAUUCUUCAAAGACUACUACUCUCAAGAUGAGAUUCAUCCCGGUGAUAAGGUGUCGACCCUGUGGGCGUACCAACCCCGCGCAGGCGAUGAGUUCAUGCUUGAGAGAGGCGACAUGCUCAAGGUUGUUGGAAUUUGGGAUGAUGGUUGGGCAACCGGUGUGAUUGUGGAUGAGAGGGCCGAAGAGUGGGAUGCACAGAGGAAUGCCCAGCGCGACAGCGGCGUCUCGAAUACCUCGGGACGUGUGGACCCAGCGCCAACCGUCAACGGCGAAAUCAAGGCAUUCCCACUAGUCUGUGUCUGCCUGCCAGAGCACUGGAAGAAGACGAUUGAGGGAGACGGAUCGACUGAGACAAACUCAAGCGCUGCAGCACACCCGUAA